GAAUGAAAGUAGGAAUCCACCACUUCCUCCGUGCGCAAACCGUUGCCUCGCACACUUAGGUUCCUUGCGCGCUGUACGUUAGAGUGCACGUGAAAACCAGGCCACCUCCGCCUUGACCACGCCCUAUACACGCCCUAUACCACCGCACGCGAUGGCCACAGACGCCCCGCGCAAGUGCGCAGGCAAGGACUGCGAGAACGAUGCGAGCUCGCUUCAAUGUCCGAACUGCCAGAAGCUCGGAAAAGAGAACUACUUCUGCUCGCAGGAUUGUUUCAAGCGCAACUGGGCUGAGCACAAGAAGGAGCACAAGUCACAAAGUAGUAUUCUCCAAAGUAUCUUUACGCCGAAAGUAGUUUCUCACCCGGAUCCAGCCACCGGCCACUACAACCCGUUCCCCACCUACUCGUACACCGGAGCCCUCAGACCCGUAUACCCGCUCUCGCCGCGACGCGAAGUCCCGAAGCACAUAAAACACCCAGACUAUGCGAAGGAUGGCAUACCGCGCUCGGAGCAGGUGUUUGUCAACAGGAAUAAGAUCACAAUUUUGAACAAGGAGGAGCAAGAUGCCAUGCGCAAGGUGUGUCGGUAUGGGCGCGAGAUUCUGGAUAUUGCAGGAAGAGCCGCAGUGCCUGGUGUCACCACUGACUACAUCGACGAGCUGGUUCAUAAGGCUACUGUUGAGCGUGAUUCUUACCCAUCACCCCUCAACUACUGCCAUUUCCCCAAAUCCGUAUGCACGUCGCUAAACGAGGUCAUCUGCCACGGUAUCCCUGACCAGCGAGUACUCAAGGACGGCGACAUUUUGAACAUUGAUAUUUCCGUCUACCACGGCGGUUUCCACGCGGAUCUGAACGAGACGUUUUACGUCGGCGACAAGGCUUUGGCGAACCCCGAUGCUGUACGCGUCACGGAGACAGCGCGAGAGUGCUUACAAAAGGCCAUUGAGAUCGUCAAGCCAGGCACAUUGUUCCGUGAAUACGGAAACGUCAUCGAGAAGCACGCAAAGAGCAAGAACUGCAGCGUCAUCAGGACAUACUGCGGGCACGGCGUCAACCAGCUGUUCCAUUGCGCACCCAACGUUCCUCACUAUGCGAAGAACAAGGCAGUUGGAUCGGCAAAGCCCGGCAUGUGCUUCACCAUUGAGCCUAUGAUUAGUGUUGGUUCGCAUAGGGAUAAGACAUGGCCAGAUGAAUGGACGAGUGUCACACAGGAUGGCUCUCUGACGGCGCAGUUUGAACACACCCUACUCGUGACAGAGGAUGGUGUGGAGGUUUUGACUGCAAGACUGCCAGAUUCGCCGGGUGGUCCGGUACAGAUGCCGGGGGCUACAAACGGUGAGGCUAAUGGCGAAGCGAAGGCAGCUGCUUGAGGACGAUUGGAUACUUGGGGAUAACGUACCUGUUUGAUACUUUCUUAGACUACGCAUGGCGUGGUUCAAGAGCACGAGGCUUUUGACAUUGUUCUGGGUUCCAUGGCAUGCUCGUGAUGGCGGUCUGUAGUGAUGUUCGUGUUGUUGGCAGUCAUGGCUCUGCACAACUCGUUUCGUUGAAACGAAACAAUGCGUCCGUCUGUGAGAUCACUAACCUUCGGUCAAGCUUCGGUCGGACGGUGUUGGCCCGCUCAACGCACACCUGCAAGCGAAGCGAAUGACGCUAGUGGUGCCUGCCCGCCGUCCAGGGAAGCAACUCGUGUCUCCGCCUCAACGUCAU